AUGACUGGUCCGGGAGUGGGGCGAGGGGGGAGCAGCCGCACUGCGCUUGCCGCUGCUGCUGCUCGUGGCGGUGGUGGCAGCGGUGGGGGUCUUUCCAGGUUUGACGUUCCCUCAGGGCCUCCUGCCGCGCAGUUCAAGUGGAAGGCGGAUUUCGCGCCCAUGCCUGCAGCCGAGGGGAUGCUCCUCGAGUGGAUGGCAGAGCCACGUGUCGGGCUGCUGUUGGACCUGGAUGUGGUCAGGUGCCAGCUGGCACAAGCAGACGUUAUGAGGAUUCGCGAUCUGGCUGAUGCAAGUGGUGGUGCUACAACCGCUGCUGCUACAGCCGCUCGAGCGACCACCUCUCGUGCUUCCACAGCCACUGGUGCUACAGCCGGUGGUGGUGGUGGUGGUGCUACAGCCGGUGGUGGUGGUGGUGCGGCCAAGCCCUUCUUCUGGUGGUGCUGCUGGCAGUGCAGCGCGUGCUGGGCCGCCUACCGCCGCUGCCUCGCUAUGGUCGUAUUCCUCGUGCUUAUAGCGAGGCUUCCCCGUGCAGUCACACUCUGGCGCCUGCACAUGAGGUCCUGCUACAAUGUCUUCCCCGCCCUGGCGAAUCUGCUGAACGCGGGGAGGCAGAUCGAGGGGGCGGGGGUCAGGCAGGCGGAGCGGCAGGCGAGUAGGCAGGCGGGGAAGGGGGGAGGGAAGCAGGCGAGUGGAAAUGCGGAGGAGGAUUGCUUUGGAUCGAUUCUGGUGCAGGUGCUUGGGGUGAAAGGGAAGAGGGAACUGGAGUCGGGCUUUGCUGCUCAUGUGCUGCCGCUUCUGCCGGGGGGGAGACGGGCGCAUGGGGGUAUGAGAGGGGGGCGGGGAGUGGAGGAGGGGGAGGUGGAGGAGGAGGAGGGACUGUACCGGUGCAGCUGCAGGCAGUGCGGAGGAGAACACGAGGGUGCAGGGGGGAGCGGGGAUAGUGCUGCUGGUAAUGGUGGUGGUACUGCGAGUGGCAUGGUCAUAACUGGUGUUGACCCGACUGACUUGGCUCUCCGGGCUGCGUUUGCACUCUCUGCGCCACGCUUUGCCAUCUACGGCGUUAUGGCGUUUACCGGGGCGUGCAGUAACAGGUACAAAGAUCGCGUGGAGGACGCUGUUGUUGAGGCAGCCAGGCAGAGGCUGGCAGAAAAAGCAGAGAGGGCGGAGAGGGCAGAGGAGAGGGCAGAGGAGUCUGGAAAGGGGAGUGUGGUGGAGGGGGGAGGAGGAGUCAACACUGAGAAAAAAGUGGAAGAUCAAGAACAAGAAUCAGAGAGGCCAGCAGCAGCAGGAGGAGGAGCAGCAGUAGCAGAAGCAGUUUCCUCCCCUUUUCCCCGUCCUUCUCCUCCUGCUCCAUCUGCUGCUCCUCCUGCUGCUGCUGCCACCAGUGCAGCAAGCAGUGCUGCCCGCCUCGUGCCAGUCAUCAGUGACCCAGCAGUGGCACUCUUCACGUACCGAGCCGCAUGUAUCAUUCAGUGGAUGCGCGUUCAAGGCCCCAGGCUCAACCCCCCCAGCUACUGCACCCGAACCAACCCCGAAGCCCCAGCCCUGGCGCUCCCGCACCCGGCGCACGAUCUCCCGAGCCUGCUGGUCAGGUUCGGCGCCAUCCCCAAGCCGGUGAGCGCGGCAAAAGUUUUGGCGGGUUGUGGAGGAGGGGUUCCGGGGUGGGAGGAGUUUCCAGAGGGCGACAGAGAUGCUCUGAAGGCGCAUGGCCGUGGCAGUGCCCUGGGAGGCACGGAAGGGGUAGGAGGGGUAGAAAAGGGAACUCCAGGGUCUGUGAAUGGGGAGUUUUUGGGGGUAAAUACCUUCCAGACAGGCAGUUUCCGGGAUGAUGUGUUUGACCGAGAGGAGAUGCUGAAGGAAUUCAAUGUGGGGGCUGCACAGGGUCUGCAGGAGAAUGGAGCAGUGAGAAGCGCAGACACCACAAGCGCAGCAGAGGGCGUGCAGGAGUAUGGAGCUGCCAGGGCUCUGAGUGACAGCAGCACGCACACUCCCGCAUUUCCGACCCUCGCGGACCGCGUCGAGGAGUUUCUGAGAAGGUUCUCGCCGAAGCGGCAGGCGAAGGAGGGGCGUGGCGGGCCGCUGGCACGAGCGAUCACCGACUGGGUGCUGCGACUCCACCUGACAGCUGCAGAGACUAGCAGCAGUGGUGUCAGCAGCAGCAGCAGCAGCGGCAGCAGCAGCAGCAGCAGCAGCAGCAGCAGCACUAGCAGGGGGGCAAAGGGAGAGAAAAGGGAUAUGAGCUGGGCGGCGCUGGCCCUGGGGGCGUAUUCCCCGGGCAAGUUAAAGCCCAUGCUGAGAUCCCCUCAAGAGGUGGAUGCGUUUCUGGAGUUCAUGGCGGCCAUGACCACCCUCACGCCCGCCUGCAACGCCUGCAUGGAGUGUCUCAACGUGUUCAACCGCUCCAUCACCCCCGCCGCCAUUGUUGCCUCCUUCGCCUUCCGCCCCUCCUCGGCGCUCCUGCGCUGCUUCCUCUCAGUCUACUGCCAGCACUCCUCUCAGAGGAGGGAGCUCCUGGACACGCUCGGGAUCCCCCCCUUGCCGGACCUGCUCCCGGACCGGCUCGUGGCUCCUCUUCUCGAAGGCGUGCUGGAGCACAAGCGCCUGCACUUCCUCUACACCGCAGCUUGUGUUUUUGAGGGAGCUCCUGGACACGCUCGGGAUCCCCCCCUUGCCGGACCUGCUCCCGGACCGGCUCGUGCCUCCUCUGCUCGAAGGCGUGGUGGAGCACAAGCGCCUGCACUUCCUCUACACCGCAUCCAUGCUUCUGUACUGGAACAACGGCGAGAUGCAACUCAUGGAGAGGAGCAAACCAGAUGGGGCGCUGAGGACGGAAGAGGAGCUGAGGGAGUUGGAGGGGAGCGGGUGGGAGGGGAAGGAGGAGUGGCUGAUCCGGGAGGAGGUGGACACGUGGCGCAACGCGCUGUUCCGUCGUGGCCUGUCUUUGAGCUUUCACGUGAGGCGGCGCUUAGCUGGGCGUGGACUGGGGAGGAGGAGAGGGUGAGGGACUGGUGUGUGGAGAUCAGGCAGAAGGAGAGGGAGUGUGAGAAGAUCAGUAGGUGGAAGGAGAGGGUUCUAGUGGAUAAGAUGCUUGCUGCUGCUGCUGGUACAGCUGGCCCCGCUGCUGCUGGGGGUGAGAGUGAGGUGGGAGGCGGCCUGAAACUCGCGCCUGCAUACCUGGUGCCGUGGGUGGGGGAGGUGAACCCGUUUGUAUGCCUGCGGGAGAUGCUGCUGGGGGAGUCGUGCUACUGGGAGCUCUCGAACGGGCGGCGGGUUGGGGUGAUACCUGGUGCAGGUUCAUCUGCUGCUUCCGCUGCUGCAUCAGGCACAAGAGCACCAACAGCAGCAGGUGGAAGUGCAGCAGCAGUGCUAGCAGCAGGGGUGCGUUGCUGUGCCUUCCCAGGGUGUGGCAGGGCAGAGGGGCCAGGGAGGCCGCCAUUGAAGGCUUGCUCGCGGUGCGGCCAGGCUGCUUACUGUGGCAGGGAGUGCCAGAAGGCCCACUGGAAGGUGCACAAGCUGCAGUGCCAGCCCAAGUGA